GGUUGAAUAACAAAUCUGCUGGCUGAACUUGUGGCCUCCAGUGGCAGCUGCGCCACACAGGCCUCAUCACUGCUUUUCUGCAGGCAGGCGGCAGACCCAGAGCCCACAGGGGCAGCUCUCAGCCCUUUCCCAGGAGCCUGUGGACACCGCCAGAGAUGUCCCCGUUUGGUUGCUGGGGCCUGCCCGCCGCCCUCCUUGCUCUGCUCUGCUGCCCAGGGUGUGGUGAGAAGGCGUUUGAGGUAUACAUGUGGCCAGAGACACUGGUGGUUGAGUCCACAGAGUCCCAGCUAGUUAACUGCAGCACCAGUUGUAACCAGCCCGAAAAAGGUGGUCUGGAGACUAUCCUACACAAGACUCUGCUGGAACAGGGACCUCAGUGGAAGCAGUACUUGGUCUCAAACAUCUCCCAGGACACGAAGCUGCUUUGCUACUUCGCCUGCUCCGGAGAGCAGAAGUCCAGAGUUGCGAACGUCCUUGUGUACAAGCCCCCAAAGCAGGUCACGCUGAAGCUGCAGCCCACCUGGGUGGCCAUGGGCAAGCCCUUCACCAUUGAGUGCAGGGUGCCGGCCGUGAAGCCCCUUGAGAACCUCACCCUUACCCUGUUCCGCGGCAGUGAGACCUUGUACAACCAGACCUUUGAGAGGCAAACACCUGCUCCCCAAGAGGUUACCGCCACAUUCAACACCUCGGCUCAAAGAGAGGACAGACACUACAACUUCUCCUGCUUGGCUGUGCUGGACCUGAAGUCUCAUGGCGGUGGAGUCUUUCGCAGAGUCUCAGAUCCCCAGAUGCUGGAGAUCUAUGAGCCUGUGCAGGACCGCCAGAUGAUCAUCAUCGUCACAGUGGUGUCGGUCCUGCUGUUUUUGUUUGUGACGUCCGUCCUGCUAUGCUUUGUCUUCAGCCAGCACUGGCGGCAGAGGCGGACUGGCGCUUAUGGGGUGCGAGCUGCUUGGAAGAGGCUGCCCCAGGCCUUCCGGGCACAGCCUGCGUGAAUGGUGUAGCCACUGCCACGGUGGUCACUAGAACUCAGUAUGGCUCCUCAGCCCUGCCUGAAGGGCUGUGACAAGCAGCAGAGGACACCAGAGACUCUCUUUUCUAGCCUGAAUACAACAAACACCUGGACUUAACCCUAUGCCCUCAAUGUCUCCUCCUGGGGUAAAACUCAGCAGGAAAGGGAGGCCACCAGGGUGGACUUCUCUCUCCCAGCCUCCUUCUAGCCCUGAGUGACUAAUUCCUACUGAGGGAGACACACCCUGGCCUGGGACACUCCGUUUCCACCUGGCCCUCCAGGGCCUAGGCCACUCCUGCCAACAGAGCCAGCUUCCUGAGGUUAGGGCCCCAAGGAACUGGCUUGGCACCAGAGCCUUGCCUACUCAGGCCUCUCCCCUAUCCACCUCACGGUGGGAGUUAAAAGUGUGGAAAACAGAAGGAGUCUGCUCCCUCCUCUCUUCUCCUGCCUCACUGCUAGGACAAAAGAAGACUCUGUCAUCCCUGAGCAAAGGGUGGGAAAACUGAAGCUCAAAGAGGUUGAGCAACUUGUCUGAGGUCACCCAGCUAGUAAGUGGCAGAGCAGGGAUUGGAAGACUCCAGGUGUGCUCCAGAGCUGGGGUUGGAAGUCCCCUGAACUGCCCCUGGCCUCACUCCCAGCCCCUGGACUCACUUGUGCCCCAUCAGUCAGGUGGGUGCUCACCCCGAGAGCCCCCUGAGGGCCUGGGCUGAGAGAUGGCAGCAGCUCCUCAGAGUCUCCCUAUGCCUGGACUCUUUAAGGCCCUCUCUGCUGCCACUCAGCUGGCCAGCAUCCUCUCUCUACUCAGCCCUUGCAUCUUUUAACCUCUCAGGAGCCCAUUGCUGGCUGAGUAGGGCUCAGCAUACACACAAGCACAGGAUAUCCUCCAUUCUGGCUCUUGACUCUGCCCCUGCCAGCCUGGGUGAUGGAAACACCUUUCGCCCCACCCCCCCACCCCGCCCAAGAGUCAAAAUCCUACCUGGCUUUCAAGGGCUGAUUCUAAGAACCCUCACUCCUCCAAGGAGCCUUUCUGCAGCCCCCAACCAAGUGCACACCCCCCUUUGCACCUCUCACAUGCCAUGACAGCCAGCUUGACUUGUAUUUAUAAUCAUUCAUUUAUUUAUUCAUGCAUUCAGCAAAUAUCAAUUGAACCUAAAAAGUGUCAGGCUCCAUUAAGAUCAUUAAGUCAGGCACAUAAUGAUCCUCCAGGUCCACUAGGACCUGCCCUCCUGGGGCCUGAAGUCCAGUGGGGUAUGCGACGCAGGGAAUCCUCCUUGAAAGCAAGACCUGGGUGGUCUAGUUCGGGAGGCCCCGCUUCCCCAGUGGAGGCUGACAUGGGCCUGACAGGGCCUGAUACACAUGUAAUAGAGGCCUAUAAGUCCCUGCCAGAAAGGUGUGGAGGCCUUUGCUCCUCUGUUCCCCAGUCCUCUUAAUCGAGGAGGGACCCCGUGUGUUUCUCCACCCCUGGACCUCCAUGGGGCGACCUCCCGGGGCCGUACCCCCACGCACCUGUGGGCUGGGCGGGACAGGCCAGUUCAGCGCCCCUGCCACCAGGCGGCUCAGCAGCAGCUGGUUCAUCUGCGCGUUCUGCAGCAUCAUCAGCUCCAGCAGGUCUACGGGACGCGGGUUCUGCCAGCCCACGCCGGGGUUCUCCUCCCCCUGCCACCCUUGCCGGGUACCCAGGUCUCUCCCUCGAUGCCCAGCCCCGCAGGCGCGGAAUGGCGGGGAGCGAGCGGAUUUGUGCAGGGGGAACCCUGAGAGACGGGGGGUGGGGGGGGCAAAAGGGGAUGCGAGGCUGACUCCAGAGUCUCACCUUCCUUCACGCGGCUCGGCUGCGGGGGCGCAGGUGGGACGGUCCACGCCGGGGACUGCAGGACGGUCACCCAGGGCUGCAGCGUGCGGGGGGAAGACUCAGCCAGGCAGGAAGGAGUUGGGGGCACGUAACAAGCCCCACCUUUCUCCCCGCGAGUCACCUCCCUAACCUUGCUGGAACCCGGCUCUCCCUCCCCGCCCCCACAGCCUCCUAGCGCCCAGUCAAGCCUCUUCCUCUCGUUUUGGGGUCUCUCCUCCCCCCCGGCCCCAUCCUUCUCCAGGGUCCAGCCUGUCCAGGGACCGCUCCCUACUCCGCCGUCCCCCGAGGCAGGUAGGCUCAGCCCUCACCGUCGGGGAGGCACUCUGUGGUGCGGAGCGACCCCAGCUCCCGUUCGCCCCGGAGGCCAUGGCCGGCGGUCACGGUUACCUUGGCGACGCCGGCGACGCGGAGAUCUCUUCGCACGCAGGCGCGAGGCACAUCCCAACUCGUGGCCCCUCCCACACUCGCCCCGGGCUCCUCCUGGGGCGCUCCGCCCCAUCACCAGGGGGGUUGGUCCCUCUCCCCGGUGUUCACUUCCAAACCCCACCUCAGCAGGUCUACAGCGCCUGGCCUCAUCCUCCUGCCCCUCCUGCCCCUCCUGCCCCUCCUGCCCCUCCCACCCUCGUUCAUCCCCAGACUGGGCCGAGAGAGACUGUUUGUUGAGUGAGUAAGUGAAUGACUGGGAUCCCAGAACCCGAUUGACUCAUUUGAUGGAUUCUACAGGAAUAGUGAAAUUUGUGGGAGCGAGCUUGGAGGGCCAGGGCAAGCGAGUGAGCAGGGCAGAGGCUCUGCUUCCUGCUACUCUGUCAGCCAGAGACCGGUGCGUCCUGCGGACAGAGAGGCUUCUGGCGUGCCCAAGGAAGGAAACACCGGCCGGAUUUGCGGAAGGGGCCGGGGCCCUGGCGGGAAGCGCAUGGCGGCCUCCAGGCUUCGCCCCUCACAGCUGUUCUCACUGAUUCCUGGCCAAGGUAGACAGAAAACCAACCAUCGUACUAGCCAUCAACAAACCUUGACCAAGGCAGUGCUUGUGUGGGCAAAGUGCUGUCGGCACACUGGAGACACAGAGGGGUAUUGUCCCUGAGUCCAGCAUUGUUGGAAACUGAAAAUGUACCUACGAAGAGAGAACAGAAAUAUAAGACUAUACCCCACGGAGAAUGAAAAAGGGAAGACUUGGUCACUGAAAGAUGGAGUUCUGAGGAAGAGCGGCCCAUGAUGGGGACCAAGCAUCAUGGGGUCGCGACCCACAGGUUGAGGACCGCUGCUGAAUGAAGCCCGGAGCAAGCUGAAGGUUGCAUGUUAACCACACAUGAAAUUGGUAAUUUAGAAAACAAGACCAAGAUUACCAAGCUAUCUUAUUUCUGGUAUUCAAUUUGGGUUCUUUGUGAAAGGAAACUGAAGUACAUACUGGUUGAAGAAAGGGGACUCAUGUUUUUCUAUCUGCCUGAAGUAUUUCACUCACAGAAGAACUCAAGUCAGUACAACAGAAUAGGAGGUGACUUUCCGGCUACGUGCCCCGUCUACUAUUAUUUUCUUCGAGAUGUUGAAUACUCCACCUAUUUCCUUUCAUCUUUUUCUCAAACUGUUGUUUUCAUCUUUGGAUUUUGUUUUUGGGGUUUUCUUUUUUUGUCUCAAAACAAUACAUACCGAAAGUCCUCCUCAACUGCCUUGCUAAAUCUCUAUCUGGAAAUAAGCUGAACAUGGGGGAAAAAAUUAUACUCAAAUGUGUUCAACAUAG